AUGCCAAUUUGGGCAGCCUAUUUUGUGGGAGGUCUAUGUCAAAUUGGCAAAGUUCUUCCUUCUAGAAAUGUUGUCAUUUUACAUGGAGACGGAAACAAAAAAGCAAUAUAUAAUGAUGAAGAUGAUAUAGCAACCUACACCAUCAAAGCAAUUGAUGAUCCAAGAACCCUUAACAAGACAAUCUACAUUAGUCCUCCAAAAAACAUCCUUUCACAAAGAGAAGUUGUUCAGACAUGGGAGAAGCUCACUGGGAAAGAACUCCAGAAGAUUACUGUCUCAAAGGAAGAUUUUUUGGCCUCCAUGAAAGUGCUCGACUAUGCUCAGCAAGUGGGAUUCAGCCAUUAUCACGAUGUUUUCCACGAAGGAUGCCUUACGAGCUUUAAGAUAGGAGAUGAAGAAGAGGCAUCUAAACUUUAUCCAGAGAUUAAGUAUAAUACCAUGGAAGACUUUCUCAAGCGAUAUGUAUAA